GUAGCUGUAGGUUGGUGAGGGCGUGUUGCCACCAUAGAGAUAAUUACAAGGUUCAGCCUACAGAUAUACCUGUGUGUUACAGGAACAUUGAUGCGUCUAGCGUGGACGAAGCCAAGAACAUGAACAACGACGACCCGAUGGAGAGGCAGCUGUCCUGUUCUGUAUGCCUAGAACUCUUCACAGACCCUGUACUUCUUCCAUGUCUCCAUUCAUUGUGUCGUCCCUGCGUGGAGAAGCUCACAACGUCUGUCACGUCGCAGACAUUUAAAUGCCCAGAGUGCAACAGUCAAGUUUCUUUGGGUGCAAGUGGUUAUGCUAGUUUAAAACGAAACUUCCCUUUGAGCAGUAUGGUUGCUAUAUACAAACAAUCCCGAAGAAACGGCAAAUUUUCUCAGUCUGCGCGGACUUUAGACAACCAUUCAAAUCAGCUGAUAACCCCAAAUCAAAUUCCUUCCCCUACAGCACCAGACCAUCGUCAUCUUGCAACAGCACUAAAUCAAGACCUUCAAACGACACUUUCAAAUCAAGGUCAGCAGACAACCUAUCCAUAUGGAGCCCAGCAGGCAUUUCUUCAAAAUCAGAUGAUGCAGGGCACUCUUCCAUAUCAAGCUCAGCAGACAAUAGUUCCAAAUCAAGUGAUGAAGGUUACGCUUCCAUAUGAAACCCAGCAGACGACAGUUCCAUCCACGUGCAGCACCUGCGAUAUAGGACAGACUAGUCAAGCACAUAUUUUCUGUGAGACUUGUAACAUUUCUUUCUGCAAGACCUGCCGCGGCGUCUACCAUCCAGAUGAUAUCGGCCAUACAUUAAAACUGUUGGAGGAACCAACGCCACCAGUACAUGUACAGCACCGGGAUGAGCACCAACAGUGCACCCUCUGUGACCCUGCGUCCCCGUCUACAGGACGUGUCCGCUGUCUGGAGUGCCAGAUGAGCUUCUGUGACAGCUGCCUCCAUGCCUUCCACCCGACCACGAACACAACCGAGCACCAUACCCUGGUGGAGGUACGGCCUGAUCCUCCCCAGGUGGGAAUCCACAAUCCAGAGGCGGCGGCAAGAUGGUCGUCAGAACCUAUGAGGAAUCUCCAGGGUAGCAUCAGUUUAGUCGAGCCAACGGUUGGUUUCAGUGUUGUGUCGGACCUUGCUCAGUUUGCUGUGGAGUGUACCUGCAAUAUAUGUCAAACCACGCCCCCACAGACGGCCACAGUUAGAUGCUUGGAUUGCUCCGCGAAUCUGUGCUCUGGGUGUGUAGGCCAGCACCAGUCACAGUUCCCGAACCAUUCUCUCAUGGAUAUCAGCCUAUCGCCAGAGACAGUCGGAACCAAACGUAAAUCAACUAAAACCAAACCUGCGCCCAGGAAAUCUGUCAAUGUUCAGCUGGAAGCUGGUAGAGGUGAUGAACAUUCAGGCUGAGGCCAUGACCGAGUUGUUGCACGUUCUCCGUGAUCGCCGAGCUUCUGUGCGGAGAGCUGCGAAAUAAGGAUUGCUUAGAACUUACAACACAUAACCAGUGACCUGAUAUUGUCCCCUCACGAGUGACAUCACUGGUGAUUAACAAAACGCUCACUUACUCCGACGCAGCGGCAGCUUUUGUUCUGUUCUAUUACCCGGUUCGUGCUGGGGCAUUCAUAUCAUGAACUGCAUAUUACGGUGAUAACUAACUUUACACAGACACACACACAGACACACACACAGACACAGAACACAGACACACACACAGACACACACACACACACACACACACACACACACACACACGUAUGUCAAUAUCGUUGGUAUUCUUAAAGAGGUAUUAGUUCUACUUAUUCGACUAUUUGAUUGACAUUUAAGUUCUGCUUAUGUUCUGCAUAAACAGCUUUAUCUGACAUUAUCUAGAAAUUGUAACUACUUGGCAAUAUGUUUCUCAAAUCUAGAUAGUCAGCCAGUAGUUAACUACAAAUGCAUCUAAUCAAGACAUCUUGUAGUGUUAACGAUAAUGUCAAACAAUGUUUUGUCGAAAUUCGGUUGUUGUCGAAGUGAAGUUAUUUCGGCGAAUUCCUUAUUAAUCAUCAAUUUGCGGCUGUGCCUAACCUCGGAUAACUCGAAGAAUUUACCCAGGUCUCUUAACUUCGACACAGAUGUUUGACUGUACUUAAAUAGGAAAUGUAUUGCAUGAACAUUCCUGGUCUCCAUUUUGAUCGCCUUCAGGUGUAUUCCAGUCAUCGUAUAUACCUGUCUGUACUGGCGCUUUAUCAUCACUCAAAUUAUACUACUGCAUGGUUUUAUUUAAAGAAUAUAAUUCUAUUUCAAAAUUUUAAUAAUCAUAAAUAAUUCCGCAUAAUACACAUGUGUUAAUGGGUAUUUCAACGUCUUAUCUUUGAAAUAUAUUUGCUUAAUAGGGUUAACAAGUUUCCUUUGCCCAAAGUUCAAUACUCUGAUGUACAUAUAUAAAUAGAAACUAUAACGUGUUCAGCUGUAAAUAUGGGAGGUGACAUUAUUCAGUUAUGUGUUUUGUUGCGCUCAGUGGUGAAGGCGAAAUAAUAUAAUUACAGAGGGUUAGUUGUCUCAAUAGUUCUAAAUGGGCAUCCACAACUGAAACCACGCAAACUCUUAAUCAUAUGCUUUUAAGUCCCAUGCUGUAGCCGUUAUACUGUUAGUCCUGAAGUUUGUUGUUCCGUCGCCCAUAACAUCGGUGUGUGUCAGCAAACACAGUUCCUGCUUUACGAAUGACGUCAUUGGUAACUGUUUCUCGGACCUGCGAUACACAUUUAUAGACCUAAGUAUACCUAGAGUGUAGAUCGAAUGAUGGGAAGGUUUAAUUGUACGCGACUACUGAACUGCUAUUUAGAACAUCAGCCAGUUUUGGUAAAUAUAUCAUCCAUUGAUAACUGAAGCCGAAUACGCAUGUAUAUACCAUACUGCUCAGUACACCAAGUAAUACCUGCCACAAACAUGCAUGCGAUACAUGCUACUCUGACUAUGCAGUUGCUUUAAGGUGGAUAUUGUGUUGAACACCUUAAACCUUUCUAAAUGAAUUAAUCUUGUAAUAAAAUGAGCGCAAAAGUGUUAA